AUGGAUACCCCAUCUCCAUACAAAAGAGCACAAUCUUAUCUGUUCACAGUACGCCAACACCGAAAGGGGACAACAAUCACUUUAUUUUACUUCAUGCAGUUCAUUGAUCACGACCUUGCCAAAACCCAAGAAGGACAUGUACGGAAUAGGAAAGAGUGUUGCAAGAAGCCUGACAAGACUAGGAAAUAUUGUCUUCCGGUUACUUUUGAAGAUCCAGAUGAGAAGUUUUUCGCACAAGAUUAUUGUGUUGAGGGCCGCAGGAGUUUCACAUUGUUUCAAUGUGACAAUAGUGAAGUGGAUAACCAGAUUAACGAGAUUACGUCAUUUCUGGAUGCAAGUAUGGUUUAUGGCUCCAGCCAAGAGGAAGAACAUACCCUCCGGACAUUUAUUGGUG